AGCCGAGGCUCUCCUUCCGUCGCGCCACUCGCAACGCUGUCAUUCAGCGAGCUACCGCCGUGUGGAGCGCAUCGCGUUUCCGUUGUGUAUCAUUUAAUUAAUUUUCUUGUACUGUGUACCAACUUUUGUGUAAAUUCAGUGUGUGUGCGCUUUCUACCAGCCCCACGACGCCGCGUGUCGAGAGUUAAGAGUCUGAGCCAGGCACAGAACACCCAGGUACUCACGCACUGUGCCCUUUUUCUCGAUUAUGUGGACAAAAUGGCAGACGGUGUUGUGUGUUUAGACGAUGAAAAAGCGUCCAAAUCCGAGACUUGUGUAUUGAGUGCUUCGCAGCGCAUCAGCGCUAGUGCUAAUUUCAGAGUUUGUGCUGGAAGUGACACACCACGCAGCGUGGGAACACUGCAGCCGCCCAUGCCACUCGUCACUGCCCAGAAGACACCCGGCCCGCCGCCCAGGGCCGCCCUGGCGCCCCCGGCCGUGCCCGGUGUGGCCCGGCGGACACUGCCGCCGCCCGCCGAUCCCGCGGCCGACCAGGAGACGGACGAGUGCCGCAAGAAGCGCUGCACGGAUCGCUAUGACUCCUCCGAGUCCUCAGACAGUGGUGUCGCCGCUCUGAGUUGCACGGAUUCCAGCACAACGUCGAGCGACACUUCGGAUCCGGGUUCACCGUAUAGUUUGACGUCACUGGAGGAAUUGCAGAACUCAACAAUGGCACCCCGACAGGCACAGUCGACGCCGACAAGCCUGGGCAGCUCACAGAUCACCCCACAUCAGUGGCCAUGGAGCAGCGGAGGCGCUCUGCCCUCGCCAAUCGCUCCUGCGCCGACGAGCAACAACAACAACAGCACCACGAGCAACAACAAUCUGAAGCGCACGGAAUCGGGUUUGAAGAUGAUGGAGACGCCAAAGAGGAUGCGCCUGGACAAGAAGACGUCGACGCCAAUUCUAAAGCCGAAGGAGGAGACGACGCCGCAGACGAAGAUCACGGGCUACUUCAAGUCACAGAUGAAGCCUGUGGUGACAAUGAAGAAGGAUCUCACGAAUCUGGUGAUUCGAUCACGGGAAUUCCCGAAGGCCAAAGUGGACAUGCUGACGCGCAGCAGGGCGAUAACGACGACGGCCACGGCGGCGGCGACGACGACGGAGGAGGCGCGGAAGAAGGGCGAGAAGAAGGCCAAGGCGCUGACGGUGGGCGUGAGUGGGAGCAACAAGGUGCCCAUCAACAAGGUCCCCGUCACGCCGCCAAAGCGUCCGGUCACCAUUGCGCCGCGGCUGGCGACGACGGAGAAGAAGCCGCUGCAGAGCAUCCUGCCGGCGGAUCAGGUGAAGCAUCAGCCCACUGUCGUUCUCACUGCCAUUCGUCUGCCAUCGGGCGCCAGUCACACGGCGACAUCGCAGUCAAUUGUGUCAUCCUCCGCCGGCCAAAUGCAGCAUCCCGAGGCCAAGGCGCCGCCGAAGGUGAAUCCGGUGUUUCAGCUGCCCGUGGUGUCGAACUUCGUGCAGAUACCAAAUAUCCUGACCAAAGGCACGACGGCGAAUCUGUUGAUGAACGGCGGACACUUGGCGCGCAUCAAUAGUACACAUCCUGGACAGUACUUCCUCAAUGGCACUGGCAUGCUGAAGCUGGCCACCAGCACGACGGGAACUGUUCCGUCAAUUGACGAGAGCGGAGUGGCGAAUGGGGUGAAUGGCGGUGGUGUUCUGACCAAACCGUCCGCCACACUUGUGCCCCUGCCCAAAACCGUCACAUCGUCGGCAUCAGCGCAGUUUCCUGCCAAUGGCUUCGCAUCGCCAGUGUUCAUGACCACACCACAGGGUGGCAUUCUCCUGAACGCCACGCUGCCCGCGGUGAUAACUUCACAGUACUCAAGCCUGACUCAGUCUGCUGCUGUGCACCAGAUCCAGACCACUGCUACGAAUCUACUGCCCAGCUUUAGCACACUUUUGCAGCAGACGCAGCACCAUCAGGCCCAAUCGGCGGUCUUUGCGACGUCCACGACAUCGAGUCAGACGCCGUGCUAUCAAUUCAACCAGGCACCGAUUGUGCCCAACAUUCCAGCAUCGGGUUUCGCCAAUCCCAGCCUGCCCUCGAAGAUUCCUCAACCCACGACAGUUACCGCGGCGGCGUCCACAGUCACGGAGGCGCCGCCCAAGAUGAGUCCGGUCACGGUGAAUGUGGAAGCCACGACGCCAGUGGCGCCCAUUCCUGAUGCCACCAAGGCGACCACAGUGGACUUGAGAUCGCCCGCUUUGCCCACACAGACGCCCGAGACGCCGGCUGUGCUGCCAUCGCCGUCGCCCAAGAGUCUCGUGCUGGAGAAGAUUCAGCUGAAGACGUGUCCGGAUCUCGAAGUGGUAGAUUUGGAGGAUGUGAAGCCGCAGCUGGAGAAGCUGAAAUCGCCACGCGUGGACACGGAUUUGCUCACGCUGAAUCUGCCAGAGUGUGCCAAGAGUCCAAUACUGUCGCAGCCCAAGACAAUUCGCUUUCCACCGCAGAAUGGCGAGAUGCCGAAGGGUGUGCGGAAGUCUGAUGGGCGAAUUGUGGGUGUUUGCUACUGGGAUCAGUGCAGUGCACGCUUCGAUAGCAGCUCCAAGCUCCUCGAUCAUCUGCAGACGCAUCAUGUGACGCCACAAACUGUGCCCUUUUCGUGCCUCUGGGCCGGCUGCAAGGUCCACUCGCGGCAAUCCUGCUCCAGGCGGUGGCUCGAGGGACAUGUGCUCUCACACGGUGGUCCGAAGACCUUCAAAUGCAUCUUCGAUGGAUGUGGCCAGAGAUUCGGCUCGAGGGUUGCUCUGGAGAAACAUGUCAAUAGUCAUCUGAAUACCACUGAAAACUCCGGCAAUUCCACUAGCAAGCGAACCUCUGAUCUUCCCAUGAACAAACUCAUUCGCAGGAAUGGGAAGAAGCUGCGAUAUCGUCGUCAACCAUGGUCAGCUCGCAUGUUUGACUUCUUCGAUUCGGGCAUCAUGGAGAGUCUGCAGCAUCGUCUUCUGAUCUCUAGCGCAGUUACGAGUGGUCCUGAUGGCUCUGUGGUGUUCCAUGGGAAGAAGAUAGGUUGCAGAGUGACGCCAAAAGGGACUGAAUUCUAUGUUUCCUGGACUCCAGCUAAUAUUAUUCCCGAUGAGUGGGUGAUGGAGCCGGAGAGUGGCUCUUCGUCAAUCACCAAGACUGUUCCGCUGGUGUCGCUGGACACGCGGGAGCGGAUCGCCUUGCAGGAGCACCUGCGAGGAUUGUAUCGGCGCGAGAGCUCGAGCGAGUGCGAUGAUAGCAGCGAAUCGGCGCCAAAGUUAAAAGUACUGAAGCGGGUUGUGGCCAGAAGCAGCAGCCCAGUGGCCAUUCUCGAGGACUUCAGCGUGUGUCCGCGACAGCGCCGGAAGCACCACAGGAAGCCACCGAAGAGGGAUCAGCCGUCGUGACCCGCUCUCAAUUCCACACCACGCCUAGACUGUCAGUCCGAUCAAUCGUGUUCUCGUGCUUCGACAUCGACGUCGACGUCGUGUGAGUAACGCAUAGAUAGGAUAGUUAAGGAUGAAGUGACAUAUAAAUGUAAUUCAGUGGUCCACAAAUGGUGGCAGAGAGAAGACUCCACCAAAUAUUUCGACUUUAGAAAGCCACACACACACACAAACAAAACACACACACACACUUUAUUGAAUUCUUAAGAUCGAGAAUGGAAAGAAGAAACCGCGCAGAGAUUUUCUCCUUUAAGAGACUGAUUGAUGAUGAAGAAUUUUUGGAACAGUCAAUAUAAGAAGAAGAAAAAAGAGGGAGAAUUUCGUUUAGUAGUUAGUGUAACGGAUCCUUUUUUCCCCAAUUUGAUCUUUAAAUACUUUAUUUCUGAGAGAAAUUUCUCCUCUUUUUUUUUUAAACAUUUUUUAGUAGUUCUUUAGGUAUUAUAUAAAGUGAAUUUCGCCACGGGAAUUUUUUUUUGGUCUAAACUAUUGUAAUUUGUAUUUUGGACUUUUGUAUCGGAAAUUGAAAUUACAUUAUAGAUCAAUGUAUAGUUAAUUUUACAUUUGUGAGAAGUGAAAUUGAAUUAAUUGAAUAUGAAACUUGAAAGCCUUUUCCAAUUGAUUUUUUUUUUCCAACCAAAAUUUUAUGCGUAAAUGUAGAGCGAAAAAGAAUUGUUAAUUUGAAAAAAAAAAGUCCAAAAAGUGGAGAGAAUAAAAUUUCUAUCUAAAUGAAAAUUGAAAAGAUUGAUUGAAAUGUGAGAAUAAAAAGGGUUAAAAUACAGUUUUUUUUCGUCUUCUUUCUAAUAUUAUAUUUUAUUCUUGCGAAAAGUGAUAUUUUAUGUACACCGUAUUUCAGCGAUGAUCUCAAUACAUUUUUUUUUUAAAUAAAUAAAUGGAUAAAUUAAACAACUAUAAGUUAAAAGAAAAAAAAUUGAAGUUCAUUGUCAUAUGAUUUAUAUUCACGGAGCAAAAAAAAAAGCAAAGGAGAUUUAGCCGAUGAAGAAAUGAAGAAAGAGAUAGAAAAGAAGUUAAAUUGCAAUCAAUAUUAUUGUAUGUAAUAAACAUGAUAAUGGAAGACAUAGAAAAAGGCGAUGUUCUAAUGAAUUAAACAAAGAAGGAAAAAAACAAUGGAAAUAAUUGUAAUGUUAGCACACAUAAAACAAGAGAUAAAAAAAAACACGAUAGUAGAGAUGGGAAAAGAGUUGUAAUAAUUGUAAGAAACAAUCGUAUAUGCAUAUAUUUAUAAAUGUACCAAUGCAGGAGAAAAGAGACAUCAUUGUAAUUGAGAUAAAAAAAAAUUGAUGGAAGGAUAAAGUAAUAAUUCACCUCAGCAGCACAAAAUAGUAAAAGAGAAGAAGUAAAAAAAAAACAUUUUGGAAGGAAGAGUAAAAUUAAUCAUAUAAAAUAUAAUGAAAAAAAAAAUAGACCAAAUUUCUGAAGAUAUGAAUAUUUUGAUAAGAAAGAAAGAGAGAAAAAAAACACAUGAACAGACAAAAAGACAAAAAAGCUCUUAAAAUUUAUAUUUUUCGAUGACAAGAGAAAAAAAAGAAACCAUUGAAAUGGACAAAAAGGUUGACAAGUCACGCUUUAGAGAGAGAGAAAAAAAACACAAGAGAUUUUAGAGACAGAAAGAUAACACGAACAUAAAAUUAAGGAAAAACGUUCAUUUAAUUGUAAUGACAAAAUAUUGACAUAUUUAUCAAUAAUAACGAGAAGAGAAUUAAAAAGAAAAAAAACAUUGUAAGGCUAAAAAAUACUGUAAACUUUUCUAUUUCGAUGUGCUUAAGAGAAAAAAAAAACAUUUCUAUCGAUAGAUAAAAAAAAAACGAUGAAAAAACUUUCCCAUGAAGAAAAGAUAUUUGGAGAAGAAGAAGAAGAAAAAUGCCUCUUACCUUUUGUGUGUAAUGUUGUAAAUAGUGAUAAAAGUCAUCCUAAAAAUUCCACAUUAAACUUAAUUGUAUCUUAAGACGAUUUAGCGAACAUCCUUCCCACCCUCAUCAAAACACAACAAAUCCAUCGUGAGUCGUAAUGUAAGAAAAUCACUCCUUUUAGACUAGAUUGAAAGAAGGAAGAAGAAAAAAAAAUUUAGUAAUCGAGUUAAGAAAAGCGACACAUUCAUUUAAAUAGAAGAAAGAAAAAAAUCGAAGAACAACAAGGGAAAUUCACCACGUUCGAACUGAAAGCGAAAGAUUUUUUUUUCUUUUUCUUAAAUUAAGAAAAUUUUUUAAAAGUAAUAUGAAGUGAAAAUAAUUGUCACUGCCAAAAUAUGACUGAAUCCUUGCGAAAAUUAAAAAAGAGAGAAAGUAUAGGAAAAAAAAGGAAAAAUAUACCUUCGGACAAAUUUUUAUUAAGCGCGCGCGUCUCGUAGAAAUAUAUAUAAAUAUACUUUUGUAAUAGGGGGAAAAAAAUGUACCAUUUAAGAACAAAAAAAAUGCGAAAGAGGUUUUUUUUCUGUUCUCGAGGGUGAAGAAAUUAAAUUCGCAAACGUUAAUCAAACGACAAGAAUAUAUUGAAAAGAAAAAAAAGAGAAUUUCUACACUGCCUAAAAGAAAAUAAAGAGGGGAAAAAUACUGAGAAAAGUGAUGCUUUUAUAACAAAUAAUUUUUAAUCACGCGGCAAUAAUUUUUACACACAUUGUUUUGUCAAAGAGCGCAACACAAGUCUUAAGCGAAAAGGCAAAAGUCAGAAAGAGUGACCAAUAGAAAGGCGGCAUUUUGACAAUUUGAUCACUUUGCUCGCCUCUCAUUGGCUGUAAAAUCUGUUUUUUUGUACAAUAUUUAAUAGGGGAAAAAGUCAAGAAUCAAAUUCAUUUUAAUAUUAUUCUUCAAACUGCCAUUUUUUUUUGGAACAAACAAUUUCGACUGAUUUUUUUUUAAUUUGUUUGUAAACUAAUUUUCUUUAGGUUUAUUUCUAAAAUCAAAGUGACACGAGAAAGAGGACAUUUAAAAAAAAGGAAAGAAAAUGUGAUGCAAGAGGGAGAAAAUAAUUUAAAAGAAAAAUCACUGAGAAGAAUCAAUUUGACAGUUGCGGACAAAAAAAAACACAUUCAGAAAAGGAUGGAAAAUGAAUGACAAAGGGAAGAAGGUUUUCGAGGAUCGAAAGAGUCGCAAAGUGUGGUUAGAACCUAAAGAAAAAAGGAUAUAAAUUGUUGUAUUCUCGUUGUGGAAAGAGUGAAAAAAGAGGAAAAUAUGAUGGAAUGAGUGGGAAAAUUGGCGCGUGAGUGUGAAAAGUUGUUCUCUCUGAAGGAUAAUAGAAGAAGAGGAAAAAAAACAUUGGAUUAACAGCUUUUGACUUGAUUUGCGCGGCGAAAGAAGGAAAUUGUAUUAGUAAAAAGAUGUUUAGUGAAAUUGCUAACAAAAAAUGGUCGCCAAUUUGAUAAUUUGGACUGUAAUUGAAUUUAGUGGAAAAUAUUUAAAUAUAUAUAAAUAUAUAUAUAUUGAUUUCUGCCAAAAUUGGACAAUUUAACAUGAUUUCUUUUUUUGCAACAAAACGGAUAGUUUUUGUGAAUUCUAUUAUUGAGUAUUUUUUUUAUGUAAAUAGUUGAGUAAUGAUUUAAAGAGCGCGAAAGAGAGAGAGAGAAUCCUUUUUAAGAAUUAUAAGUGUAAUUAAAGGAAAGAAAAUAAAAAUGAUGGUGAAAAGAAGUUGAGUAAGAAAGAAAAAAUAGAAAUCAGCCAAUUUUCCAUACCAAACAAGCAGUUUUUUCCUGUAAAUGUAACCAAUUUUUCACCUCACUGUUAUUCGGUUGCUUCUGUUCGGUGACAUUUGAAGAUGAAAACAAUGGAAAGAAAGGAAGGAAAAUACAAUUAAAGGCGAGAAAACUAUGAAUUGAGAUUGUGAGCGAGAGAGAGAGAGAGAGAGAGAAUGAGGAUAUCGUAAAUAGAAAUAAUGGAAUAAUCAAGUAAAGAGAAAGUUAGAUAAAUGCUAAUUUUAAUGGAAAUGAAAACAGAUUUUAGUGACAUCAUUUUGCAAUAUACAUAUUAAUUACAAUCCCAAACUGUAUUCUAUAUUGUCUCCUUGGAUGGGAUGAAAAAAAAAAACACGUGAAAACCAACUAUUAUAGAUGUUUCAGAAGAGAGAAUUGUAAGAUGGAAAGAUGUGUAAAUUCAUUUUAUUGUAUCAAUAUUAUUUCUUUUUAAAUUAUUUUAAUAACAUUUUACACAAAGCUACGCAAAGGAUUCGUUUCUCACUCCAGAAAUGACUGAAUGAUAAUUUUUGUAAAAAGACGACUUUUCAAGUGAAGAAAAUGGAAAUGAAAAUGAAAACUUUAAAUUAAAAUAAAAAAAAUUCAACACAUUGUGAAAAAAAAGAUAAAAUUACGGAACAGAACUGGAAAAGGAUUGAUGAAAAAAGGAGAGCUAAAAUCUACCUCAUCGUGUAAUAGAAGAGAAAAAAAGCUAAAAAAAAAAUAAAACAUUUUCCCCUCUGAAGAAAAAAAGAA